CACGUCAGGAGCGCACGGACCAGAGACGUUGGUGCGCGCGUAAAAUGGCUCGCUCCGCCCGCUGCCCAGCCGCCGCCCCCUCCGCCACAUAAGCUGGCGCAAAGCUCGUUAAGCCCCCCACUCUGAUCUGUGACUCACGGGCCGAGAUGAGCUACGCGGACCGCUACACCUCGUCCUCCUACCGGAAGAUCUUCGGCGACUCGCCCCGGUUCCCCGCCUCGCCGUCGCGCUCGGGCAGCGCGUCUCCCCGCUACUCCACGGCGCUCAGGUCCACGGCCGCGUCCCGCAACAGCGCGUCGUCCCUCGGCAUGUACCGCCGGGCGGGACGGUCCGCCAGCUCCUUCUCGCCGGUGCCGACCGACUCCCUCGACUUGUCCCAGACCUCCGUCGUCAACAACGAAUUCAAAGUCAUUCGCACUAACGAGAAGGAGCAGCUGCAGGGUCUGAACGACCGCUUCGCCAUGUUCAUUGACAAAGUGCGUCACCUGGAGCAGCAGAACAAAGUGCUGGAGACGGAGCUGGUGACCCUGCGGCAGAAGCAGAACGAGCCGUCCCGCAUCGCUCAUCUGUACCAGCAGGAGAUGAGGGACCUGAGGUCCCAGCUGGAGGAGCUGAGCAGGGACAGGAACCACAUCCUGAUCGAGAGGAACAACAUAGAGGACGAGCUGCAGAAGCUCAGUGUGAAGUAUGACGAGGAGGUGAACGCGCGGGAGGAAGCAGAGCAGACCUUGAAGUCUUUCAGGAAGGACGUGGACGAUGCUGCUGUCAUUCGCCUGGACCUGGAGCGCCGGGUGGAGUCGCUGACCGACGAGAUCACCUUCCUGAGGAAGGUGCACGACGAGGAGAUCCAGGAGCUGAGCAGCUUGAUGGAGGUGCAGCAGGUCUCCGUGGAGCUCGAGCUCGCCAAACCGGACCUCACCUCGGCCCUGAAGGAGAUCCGCAACCAGUACGAGUCCAUCGCCUCCAGAAACCUGCAGUCGGCCGAAGAGUGGUACAAGAGCAAGUUUGCCAGCCUCAGUGAGCAGGCGACCAGGAGCAACGAGGCCAUGAGGGCCACCAGGGAGGAGAUCAACGAGUUCAGGAGGCAGCUGCAGUCCAAGACCAUCGAGAUCGAGACCCUGAGGGGCACCAACGAGUCUCAGGAGAGGCAGAUCUCAGAGAUGGAGGACGCACACAACGCUGAAGUCGCAUCCAUGCAGGACACUAUUGGCCACCUGGAUACUGAGCUGAGGAACCUGAAGGGCGAGAUGGCCCAGCACCUGAGAGAGUAUCAGGACCUGCUCAAUGUCAAGAUGGCCCUGGACAUAGAAAUCGCUGCCUACAGGAAGCUGCUGGAGGGAGAGGAGACUCACUUUAACUCAGGGGUGUCCUUCGGUGCUGCCGGCUACAACUACCAGCCCAGAUCCUCCGCCGGCUCCUCCAGGAGCAGCCAGAGGGAGAAAGAAGGAGGCACGAAGGAGAGCUUCAAGGAGAUCAGCGAGGACAAAGAUCAAGCAGACAUCAACUCCAACAACUGAAGACACACAGACAGGGAAUUCUGGAAUGUGAGAAGAGAUAUACAUUUUACGUAUAGUGAGUUGACAGUAACAUACUGAGGGAACAAGUGAUACAAAUGUUGAGGAAUUAGAGAUGUAAGUCAGUACUUUGGGUGAUAAUCAAUAAGAAAAAUACACAUUUUUGAAAUCUUUCCUGGGGCAUAGGUCUCAGUACUGAGAUGAUCUUUGAACCCAAACUGAUCAAACUUUCUUGAAAUUAGUAUUUCGUCGCUUGUUAUGUUGCAAAUCUGCCACGUAAUAAAUAAAAAGAAGCCAACCUGGAUCAAAUCUGUUGUAAAGGUCUCCAUAGAUUAACAUGUAGAAUUGUUGGAUGUGUAUAUCCAAUGUGGAUGAAUUCCCAUUUUGCUGCCGACACCUGUGACAGGGAAUAAAAUGCCCAGAUGGAGACUUUGUUAAGAGACUAAAUGUUAGUAUAGUUCCACUUCUGUUGUUGCAGUGUUUUCAGUUUAAAAGCCUCUUGGGCACAUAGGGGUGUAAAGAAGAGGAUCAUGUCUGGUGGCUUUUUUAUUUGCUCUACUGUGUUUUGUUUUAUGACAUUACUAAGUGUAGAUACAGAACAUAGUUAGUGUUGCAGAUACUGUGAAUAGUUUGGUACAAUGUUCACGACCACUUCAGUGGGAAAACUGGAUAAUCAUAUACCUUUGUUGCAGUUGCACUGAAUAAUGAAAUUAAUAAAAUAACACU